GUUAUGUUCCUAGAGGAAUUGGCUUGAUGACGUCUUUUCUGAUACCGGAUCAUUACGUGACUUACACUCUGAAAAAAAAAGGAAGCUGUUUGAUCCUUGGAUAAAAAUCCGAGCGACACAGAAUCACAAACAAUAGCUGCUAUUUAAAGGUAAUAUGCAGACAAACAUUUGCAAAGCAACCUCUUCCUAAAGUGGCGUUUGCACUAAAUAUCUUUACCUAUUGCAUGUGUGUAUAUAUAUAUAAAUAUAUGUAUAUACAUACAAGAACGGAGGGCUGGUCAACUUGAAUUGCAGCACAAGAAGGAGAAGAAAGCAGCCAGAGAAACGCCUCAGGAGAAGUAUCUUAGAGAAGAUCUGAUCUCAUUGUCAGCAUCUCAGCCCAAGACUCAUAACAGGCUGCACCAGACUCUCGCUGCCUCCCUGGCUCACUGUAUUUUUUUUUUUUUUUUUGCUUUUUUUUUAAUCUUACUCCUAUCUACUUCACAGCAGUUACAACUUGUUUUUUUUUCAUUUACUUUUUCAGCUAGGGAGGUUUAUAUUUUAUCCUUCAUUUUGCUAUUCCCCUGCUUAUUUUCUCACCUCAGCCGGAAUCCACCUUUUUUUCCCCUGGAACUGUGGCUUGCAUCAAACUUUUAAUCAGAAUAGCAGAAACCAGCCGGUCACUACAUCCCCCCAACCUGUAAGGCAAGGCAAUGCAGAUCACAUUCUAACAGAGAAGGUAAACUUGCAAGAUACUUGGCUCUAACUUGGAACACAGUAUCUCUGUUUCUGUGGCACGGUGGACUUAUUUUUUAUAUGAAUGACAAUGUACAGGAAAGCACUGCUCGUCUGGCUGUUGGUGUAUGGGAUAAUGCGCUGCACCGUUCAUUCCUCACCUACUGCGCUCAAGUACCCUGCUCUUAGGCUUGAAGAUGAAGUGUAUGAUGAGGAUGGCAACAAUCUUCCAGACUUUGCGUUUGAUAAUGAUCCGAUUGGUAUUGGAAAUCCUGCCUCGGUCUUAGAUGAUAUGUACUCCUUUUAUUAUCCACCGGAAAAAAGACAUGCUGAUGAUCUGUUAAACAAAGCCUAUAGGAAUUUACUGGGGCAAUUGUCUGCGAGGAAAUACCUGCAUACUCUGAUGGCCAAACGCUUAGGUGCAGUGAGUAGCAGCCUGGAAGAUGACUCGGAACCACUAUCAAAACGGCAUUCAGAUGGCAUCUUCACUGACAGCUACAGUCGCUACAGAAAACAAAUGGCUGUCAAGAAAUACUUGGCAGCAGUCCUGGGGAAAAGGUAUAAACAAAGAAUUAAAAAUAAAGGACGACGAGUAGCAUACUUGUAGCGAUGAGACACCAGCCACCCUGUGUAUACAACCCCCAACAAAACAAACAAAAAGUCAUCUCCAAACUGACUGAACAAUCAUCGCUCCUGUGUUAUCUAAAAACAUGUAUUUAUGUAUGAAGUAAAGCCAUUAAAUGAAUAUUUUGAUAAUAAUAUUGUUUUUCUUUUGUACAAAAGCACGAGAGAAUGCACAUAUCUACUUUGUGGACCAAUCAAUAAGUUAUAUAUAUAUAUAUAUAUAUAUAUUUAAAUAUAUAUAAGUGAUAGAGAACAAGUAUAAUGUGUGCACAAACUAAUAAUUCACACGAGCUGUUUAUGUUUUUAUAUAAAAAGAAAUAGAAAAAAGACAAUCAUUAUUUUGAAUAUUUUUCUCCUAUUUUCGUAACUUGAAAUGAAAUGGAUAGUAUUUUUAUCCGCAACAGGGUUGAAGAUAUUCAUUUUAACCUUUUGCUGAUGGACAUAUAGAUACAUUAGUACAAGGGGAUUAAGUUGCUAAUGAGUUGGUAGAACCACUGCAAGAGAUUCUGCUCUUGGUGUGUUCAGCAUAAGCCCCUUUAAACUUUUUAGGGGUGCUGACCCUCUUGUUAGAUUUUCCGGGUGUUCUACUGUCUUAAAUUCCACUUUUAUAUGUAUUUAUGUCUUCUUAAAAUAGUUUCUUAUAGACCCAACAGCUCUACAAAAUUAAUGGACUCUUUAAUUCAUCCCUCUUUGGGAAGAGUUCCAAAUGCCCCAUUAAAUUGUUAUUCUUCUUACUGAUUGGACCAGGCCACAUAGUAAAAAAAAACCCAGGCAAUAAGUAUCUGCCAGUAGGGUGAUAAUAUGAACACUGGAAAUUGGUACAGCACAGUGUAAAAGGAAGUGCCCAAAAUGAAGUACAUGGUUGUGGACCUGUCAUUGACAAUGGGAAGUAAAAAUUAAAACAAGUCCCUUUGUAGGUCCAUUACCCAACUGACAAUGGGCAGCUUGGUAUUGGAACGUGAUACAAAGUACAUUGUGUUUCUCUCCAGUGCUGUCCAUGCUUCUCAUCCUGUGAAUCUACCAAAAAAAAUAUUUUCUUCAGCUCUAACUAAAGGUAUUUCUUUCUUUGGCUGUCUCUUGUAGGAUUUUGCCCCUUCUACCCUUUCCUUCACCAUUUUAGUCCUGUCAUUCCUUAAGUCAUUUAUUUUACAAAUUGUAAACAAAAUCCUGUUAUGUUUAUGCAAGCUCUAAUUGUAAAGUUAGGAACCCCUGUUGUAGCUAUUACUAAAUAAUUAUGCACUA